UGGGGCAGAGCUGCGGCCGGCGGUGCCAGCAGCAGCGGCCUUCGUUUUCUCUUCCUUCCGUCCCCGUUUCCUACCUCCCGCCCUUCUUCCGCGGCCCGCCUCCCGCCAGCUACACUACCUCUGCCCGGCUCUGCGCGGCUCCCGGCAGCGCAGUCUGCCCGGCCGCCUCUCCGUGGGACCGCCGAGCCCGCAGCCGCGUUCAUCUCUCAUGCGCGGCGCUGAGCAGCCUGCCGAGGCACAGGGACGUCCGCUUUCGCGCAGGAGCCGCUGCUGUGUGAAAGAAAAUGUCAGUCAGCAUGCAUGAAAAUCGCAAAUCUAGGGCCAGUACUGGCUCCAUAAACAUAUACUUGUUCCACAAGUCAUCCUAUGCUGAUAGUGUCCUUACUCACCUGAACCUUCUGCGUCAGCAGCGUCUCUUUACAGACGUACUUCUCCAUGCUGGGAACAGAUCAUUCCCCUGCCACAGAGCUGUUCUGGCUGCUUGUAGCCGCUAUUUUGAAGCAAUGUUCAGUGGAGGAUUGAAAGAAAGCCAGGACAGUGAAGUCAACUUUCAUAAUUCUAUUCACCCAGAAGUCCUGGAGCUUCUUCUGGACUAUGCGUAUUCCUCCAGGGUCAUCAUCAACGAGGAGAAUGCGGAGUCGCUGCUGGAGGCUGGUGACAUGCUGGAGUUUCAGGACAUUCGGGAUGCUUGUGCAGAAUUUCUGGAGAAAAACCUUCAUCCGACCAACUGUCUUGGCAUGCUGCUGCUGUCGGAUGCUCACCAGUGCACCAAGCUGUACGAGCUCUCUUGGAGGAUGUGCCUUAGCAACUUCCAGAGUAUCAGUAAAGGUGAAGACUUCCUCCAGCUGCCAAAAGACAUGGUAGUGCAGCUCCUUUCCAGUGAAGAAUUAGAAACCGAAGAUGAAAGGCUGGUAUAUGAAUCAGCUAUCAACUGGGUCAACUAUGACCUGAGUAAGCGUCACUGUUAUCUGCCCGAGCUGUUGCAGACAGUGAGACUGGCCCUCUUGCCAGCCAUAUACCUUAUGGAGAAUGUGGCCAUGGAAGAACUUAUCACCAAGCAAAGGAAAAGCAAAGAGAUUGUGGAAGAAUCAAUAAGAUGCAAGUUAAAGAUCUUACAGAAUGAUGGGGUGGUCACUAGUUUGUGUGCCAGACCCCGUAAAACUGGCCAUUCACUUUUUCUUUUGGGUGGCCAAACCUUUAUGUGUGACAAGUUGUACUUGGUGGACCAAAAGGCAAAGGAGAUCAUUCCAAAGGCUGACAUACCAAGUCCUCGGAAAGAGUUUAGCGCUUGUGCCAUAGGCUGCAAAGUGUAUAUCACUGGGGGACGAGGGUCAGAAAAUGGAGUCUCCAAAGAUGUGUGGGUGUAUGACACCCUUCAUGAGGAGUGGUCGAAGGCCGCUCCCAUGCUGGUUGCUAGGUUUGGGCAUGGCUCUGCUGAACUUAAGCACUGUUUAUAUGUAGUAGGAGGACACACUGCAGCAACUGGUUGCCUUCCAGCUUCCCCUUCAGUAUCCUUAAAACAAGUGGAACAAUAUGACCCUGUGACCAACAAAUGGACCAUGGUUGCCCCACUGCGAGAGGGAGUAAGCAAUGCAGCUGUAGUCAGUGCAAAGCUUAAGCUGUUUGCUUUUGGAGGUACUAGUGUUAGCCAUGACAAGCUGCCCAAAGUUCAGUGCUAUGAUCAGUGUGAAAACAGAUGGACAGUACCAGCCACCUGCCCCCAGCCCUGGCGCUACACAGCUGCAGCUGUUCUGGGUAACCAGAUUUUUAUUAUGGGUGGAGAUACUGAAUUCUCUGCAUGCUCUGCUUAUAAAUUCAACAGUGAGACAUACCAGUGGACUAAGGUGGGAGAUGUGACCGCUAAGCGAAUGAGCUGCCAUGCAGUGGCAUCUGGAAACAAAUUGUACGUGGUUGGAGGCUACUUUGGCAUUCAGAGGUGCAAAACGUUGGACUGCUACGAUCCCACAUUGGAUGUAUGGAACAGCAUAACAACUGUGCCCUAUUCGUUAAUUCCCACAGCGUUUGUCAGCACAUGGAAGCACCUCCCCUCAUAAUUGUGUAUAUGUUGCAACUACAAAUUAUCAGUUUACCCCUCUAUUUGGAGAAGAGAAUUGGAACCUCAGAUCUGGAGAAGCGGUUUCAAUGAAGAAAAAUCAUCCAGUGUCUCUCGCAUUUGAAGAAAAUCAUCUGCACCUUGUAAAUUAUCUAACCUAGACAUGAAGGAAUUGGAGGAAAAAAACCUGUCUUCAGUGCUUCAGCACAUGGCUUAAAUACAAAUGGAAGAAUCUAUGAUGUGGUCCUUGUACUAGUAAUUGUGGAUUAAUGCUAAUAUUAACCAGUCCUUCAAAGGAGAAGAAGAGACAGAACUUAAAUGAGCUGAGCAGCACCCAGCACUCCAUUUCCACAGACUCUGCUGUUUGUAUGUGAAAUUUGAAAUGGUUGUCACUUCUCUUUGUGGUGGUUUGAAGUGCCAGAGCCAGCUGCAAGGGAAGCAGGCCAGGUCUGAAACAGUGAGACGCUACUGUGCAUGAAGAUACAGCGGUGUUGCCGCUGAGCUCUGCUUGCUGGAGCGUACUUGUCUGUGGGCAGUGCCUACAGCAUCUUGUAGGUCCCGCGUUGCAUUGUCCUCUGUGCUCUGAGUGACCUUCCACUUGAUAAGGAACAUCCUAGUGGUGAAAAGUUUUUGCAACAGUGGGGAAAAAAUGAUGUCCCCCAAAUGCUCCUUGUUCCCUUUCCUCCCUGUAUUUAUAAGUAAUUCAAACUGUCCCGUUCCUGUUAUGUUACUUGUAGAUAUAGUUAUUUAUUGUUCAGUGCUUGCAUGCUGAAACAAUGCCUGCAAUUGUCUUUACGUUGCAAGGGCCUGUGUGAAUUGUUGUAUGUUUUGCACAUUUUGUGAUCUCUGACUUGCUCUUGCUGCACAAAGAAAGAAAACUGUUGGGUAACAGUUGGAGGUGGGAGGGAGGGGUGGCUUCCCGGUCAGAAAUGGAAGGAUUACAAGGCAGGAUCUUAAAUUACACACGUACUAAAGGAAGAAGCCAUGGAGGUCACUUUCUCAGGCCACCAGCUCCCCAGGUUGCAUGUGAUGUAUCUUGUAGAUGGUGUCCUUGCUACAUUUCAUUCGCUGGUAAUGCCUUUCAAUUUCUAAUCUGGAAACAGCCAAAAUCUCUUGCAGCUCUCUUUGUGCAGCUUCCUGAUUGCAACGCAAAUACUGUGGAAGAGCUUCUGGAUACCAAGCCCAGAUGAAGUCAUUGUCCAAAGUUAUUUAUUUAUUUAUUGGGUUGGAAGAGGGGUACCUACAGUAUAACCACAUUGAACUGAAUGAGUGGAUAUGGUGAUUCAAAAAGCCUCAAGAUAGGUUAGUGAUGAAGUCUUAACAAAAAGGAAAAAAGAAAAAAA